AUGCCAGCCCCAACGCCAUGCCCAAUACCCGAAGUCGACCGCGCACUGUCGUCAUAUAUAAACACUCGAGAAGACACACUAAGGAUCCGACGAACGCUUUCCAAGUAUCUUACGUCAAGCCUGAGGCCUGUUAACGCAGCAACUCAGAACCAGCAUCUGAAUCAUGAGUGUCCGCAGAACCUUUCCGCCGCCAAUACCAACCCUCCAGGCCUGAAGGAUGCUCGUCUAGAAUAUCUACAAGCUCUGCGGGCUAGGUCCCAAGCGCAAGCAAGACACCGGGAACUUCAGGCUUCAUUAGAAGAUCUACGCAACCGUUACGUAGACGAGAACCCGACACAGCCAGAAUCAGAAUACGAUGACGAGGCUACACGAGGCUACGUCGCUUUGGUACGGCAGCGCCGUCGCUAUGCAGAACUUCAAGUCGUCCAAGAGUCACUAGAUAAGCUCCUCACCGCAAAGCCUUCGACUGCUGCAGCUGAUCCGAGAGCUUCCAUCAAAAGUGCCAUCGGCGAGCAACCGGAUUUACCUGCCGAGAGGCUAGAGCAGCUAUCACAAGCCGAAGACGACCAGACAUGGGUCUUCAAGCUAAAUCAGGAAGUCCUCGAAGCGCGAACAGCUAUGGAGCGCGCCCAGGCCGCGAGGAAGAAAGCCCAGGAUGAGCUCCAGGGUGAGCCAAGCUUACAGGUGCAAGUUCAUGCGCUCGAGCGAGCAAGAGACGAGCUUGUUGACUGGGUGCAAGGAGAGCUGGCCAAGAUGGAAGAAGAUAGCGUCUUCCUCGAGGACGCUUCGCCCGUCAAGCGCCCAGUGAACGUCGCAGUACCUGUCGACCUUGCGUCAGCAGAAACGCAAAUCCGAGAGUCGUACAACAAGUACAUCGAAGCUCGUGCAAGCCUGCUCGAAGCUCACGCAAGCCUCCAGCAACCACUGGAUGUUCGGGCUAACGAUCGAAAUGGCGGUCAAACCACUCCCUCUGAAGAGAGCAAAACUACGACAACGAAGCCUACUCGACCGGUUACUAAGCUCCUACCUUACCUUCCACAUCUCCUUCAGAUAGCCAACAAUGAGCGAUCUUUGCUCCAGCAGUCUGUACACCUCCAAAACCAGAUUGCAUCCGCAGACCAAGAUAUCGAAGAAGCGCUUCUCCGACUCUCUGGUGAAAGCCAUCUCUUGCCCGCUGGCUCCAAGGACGUAGCGGCAUGGGGAAAGACGGCCAGAGAAGCAGAGGCGGCUACCGAGGCAUUCGUGAAAGAGCGCCUACAAGCUAGCCGGCAGGAAGUGGGAAGCGUGAGCACGAUUGUCGAACUUUGCUCGUUGCAGAGUCAGGUUUUGGAAUCAGCGUAG